GGAUAUACCAGCUGCCCUAAAUGUGGCAAAACAAAUGUUUGAGAAUACAACAACUGGCCGGAGACAGGAUGUCACUGGGUUACUUAUUCUUAUGACAGAUGGGCAAACGCCUGAUUUUGCUGCAAGUAUCGAGGCUGCAAAAGGUUUAAAGGACAAACAGAUAAUAAUCUAUACAGCUGGCGUCGGGUAUGGCGUUAACAUUCAAGAAUUACAGGGUAUUGCAUCUAAUAUAUCGUAUUACUUCAGCACCGAUGAUUAUGAUUCACUAAAUAAACUCACGGGACCGAUCACUCAGUCAGCAUGUAAAGAUAUCAAUGGGUGCAUAUGUUACAAUGGUGGGACCUGUACAUCAGAAUACCUAGUAAAUAAAUGUAUAUGUACAGGAGCAUAUACAGGAUCUUAUUGCGAAACUCCAAUAUGUGACACAAACGUGUGUAAAAACGGCCACUGUAGCGUUACUGGCGACAAUUGGUUUUGUACAUGUGAGUCUGGUUACGUCGGAACAGUAUGUGAUGCUAAAUGCGAAUGCUAUAAUGGCGCUACUUGUACAGCAACAAAUCCUGGAUAUAAAUGUGACUGUCCAGUAAUAUAUACAGGAUUUCAUUGCGAGACAUCAAUAUGUGAUACAGCACCCUGCGAACAUGGUGAUUGCAGCAUCACCGGUGACAACUGGCUGUGUACUUGUAUACCUGGAUACACUGGAAGAACCUGUGAAUUUAAUAUUGAUGAAUGCGAGAGUUCACCUUGCCAGAAUGGAGCCACAUGUCGUGAUUGGGUUAAUGCUUUCUCGUGUGAUUGUCCACCUAGAUAUUACGGCAUUUACUGUGAAACAGGCAUAUGCCAGCCUUCAGUAGCUGAUCUUGUCUUUGUGCUCGACUCGUCGGCAAGCCAGACAAAAGAAGAAUUUGGAAAACAAUUAGAAUUUAUCAAUAAGUUUAUUGACAGAAUUGUCAUUGGAGAGAGAAAUCUACAAGUGGCUGUUGUCACAUAUUCUUUUGAAGCAGUAACCGAGAUUUCAUUAGGACAAUAUACUGAUAAUAUCACAUUAAAAGAUGCGAUACGACAAAUUAAAUACAGACCAGGAGCAACGUUUACAAACAAAGGGCUUGAAAAAGCAAAAGAGGUUUUUGACAGUACUUCAAGAUUUAGACCAUUUGGUCAUUUCGCAAAACGAUACGCUUUUGUCUUGACCGAUGGUAUGUCCACCAAUAGAAGGGCUACUGCUGAAGCGGCUCGAAGAUUGAAAACGACAGUAACCCACGUUUUAGCUAUCGGAAUAGGCAAAGAAGUAUCUCAUCAAGAACUUAUAAAUAUAGCAACGACGGAAAAUACUGGGCGUAAGUUUGUUUAUUCUGUGCAAAACUUUGAUGCAUUGUACACCGUGAUAAAAGAACUGGUCCACCUAACAUGUGAAGAAUGCUCAUGGAAGACAUCUUCGGACAUUGUUUUCUUAUUAGACAUGUCCGCCAAAAUGUCGGCUAAUGAUUUCCAAACUGGUUUAAAUGCAAUAACAUAUCUUACUGACAAGACAUCACAAAUGGAAACUGAAAAUAACACCGUGAGAAUUGCUUUAGUAACAUACGGUGUGGAAGCCGACGCUCAGUUAUACAGAGGUUUAAAUGAUGAAGAAACAAAACAAGUUUUCCUAUUCUCUAUUCAAAAGCUUGUACAGUCCGAUGGAUAUUGUCUGUCGCAAUCAAAUUCGUGUAAUAAAUCAAAGCUGCUUGAAGCCUUAAACUACACUGACAAACAUAUUUUUAAUACAACCAGAGAAUCUGGAAGUAGAGAAAUAGUUAUUGUUUUAUCCGAUGGUCAUGACCACGUCAGUGAUGAGAUGAGAGCUGUACUGGACAGUAUGGUUGAAAAGGGCAGGUCAAUAUAUUCCAUCGCUCUAGGGGAACGUGCAGACAUAAGUAAUCUACAGAAUAUUGUUGGUGACCCCGCGCUGGUUUUCUCAGUAUACGAUGAUUCAACUAUUCAAAUAUUAGAUGCACUAACAACAGAGUUUUUUUUCAACUCUUGUGACCUUUCAAACGACUUUCUUGAUAGUAGAUUAGAUAUUUCCGUUGCUCUUGGUAUUUUUUUCAGGUAUCCAAAUGGAGGUACAAAUAUUCAAACCGCCUUUGACACUGCAGCUCAAAUGUUUCAGAUUUCAAGUCCAGGCCGCAGAGGAAGUGUCACUGGGAUAUUUAUUCUUAUGACAGAUGGACAUUCAAGUAAUAUACAGGAGAGUAUUGAUGCUGCACUAAGGCUUAAGAACAUGGGCAUAACCAUCUAUACAGCUGGUGUUGGGUCAGGUGUUAACGUUGAAGAAUUACAAAGGGCGGCAACAUAUCCAUCGUACUAUUUCAACACGGCCAGCUAUACUUCACUUCAAUAUCUAGAGGGACCGAUCACAAUGUCAGCAUGCGAAGAUCUUGACGGAUGUGUCUGUUAUAAUGGCGGUUCAUGCACAGCUGGGUACAAGUGUGAGUGUCCUGCUAUAUACACAGGGUAUUACUGCAUGACACCAAUAUGUGAGACGUCUCCGUGCAUGAACGGUGGAGUAUGUAUGGUUUCUAGCGGCAAUUGGUUCUGUAUUUGUCAGCCUGGAUACACAGGGUCAACGUGUGACACUGAUAUUGAUGAAUGUCAGAGUUCACCGUGCCAGAAUGGAGCCACAUGUCGUGAUUGGGUUAACUCUUUCUCGUGUGAUUGUCCACCUAGAUUGUACGGCAUUUACUGUGAAACAGGGAUAUGUCAGCCAUCAGUAGCCGAUCUUGUAUUUGUGCUCGACUCGUCGGCAAGCCAAACAAAAGAAGAAUUUGGAAAACAACUAGAAUUUAUCAAUAAGUUUAUUGACAGAAUUGUCAUUGGAGAGAGAAAUCUACAAGUGGCUGUUGUCACAUAUUCUUUUGAAGCAACAAAUAAAAAAACAGACCAGGGCAACGUUUUACAGGACCAAAUGGGCUUGAAAAAAGCAAAAGAGGUUUUUGACAAUACUUCAAGGUUGAGACCAUUUGGUCAUGUCGCAAAACGUUACGCUUUUGUCUUGACCGAUGGUAUGUCCACUAAUAGAAGGGCUACUGCUGAAGCGGCUAGGAAUUUGAAAACAACAAUAGACCACGUUUUAGCUAUCGGAAUAGGCAAGGAAGUAUCUCAUGAGGAAUUGAUAAAUAUAGCAUCGACGGAAUAUACUGGACGUAAGUUUGUUUAUUCUGUGCAAAACUUUGAUGCGUUGUACACCGUUGUGAAAGAACUGGUCCACCUAACAUGUGACGAAUGCUCUUGGAUGACAUCAUCGGACAUUGUUUUCUUAUUAGACAUGUCCGCCAAAAUGUCGGCUAAUGAUUUUCAAACUGGUUUAAACGCAAUAACAUAUCUUACUGACAAGACAUCACAAAUGGAAACUGAAAAAAACACCGUGAGAAUUGCUUUAGUAACAUAUGGUGUGGAAGCCGAUGCUCAGGUUUACAGAGGUUUAAAUGAUGAAGAAACAAAACAAGACUUCCUAUUCUCGAUUCAAAGGCUUGUACAGUCCGAUGGAUAUUGUCUAUCGGAAUCAAAUUCAUGUGAUAAAUCAAAGCUGCUUGAAGCCUUAAACUACACUGACAAACAUAUUUUUAAUACAACCAGAGAAUCUGGAAGUAGAGAAAUAGUUAUUGUUUUAUCCGAUGGUCAUGACCACGUCACUGAUGAGAUGAGAGCUGCACUGGACAGUAUGGUUGAAAAGGGCAGGUCAAUAUAUUCCAUCGCUUUAGGAGAAGGUGCGGACAUAAGUAAUCUACAGAAUAUUGUUGGUGACCCCGCACUGGUUUUCUCAGUCUACGAUGAUUCAACUAUUAAAACAUUAGAUGCUCUAACUACAGAGUUCUUUUUCAACUCUUGUGAACUUUCAAACGACUUUCUUGGUGGUAAUAAUUAG